CUUCUCCCAUGGCUCUAAGAAAACCCAACGCAUGGAAAACCAUUCUACUCGGUUGUUUCACAAACAAAACAGUUCGCUUAGACCCACAGACUCUUGUUUCUAAAACGGGUACUUCACAGAGAUUAUCAAUAUCCGAUGUUAGUUCAUCACUUUCCAUCAUCAAUGGACUUUCGAAUUCUAUCGUUGGGUGGGACCUUCAUGAAUUCACUAUGGCGGAACUUACGAUGAUUACACAUGAUUUCGCAUCUAGUAAUUAUCUUGGUGAAGGUGGGUUCGGAACGGUUCAUAAGGGUUUUAUAGAUGAUAAACUUAGACCGGGUUUAGAGGCUCAACCGGUUGCCGUCAAGCUCUUGGAUUUAGAUGGUGGUCAAGGCCACAAUGAAUGGCUUACUGAAGUGACGUUUUUGGGGCAAUUGAGGCAUCCUCAUCUUGUGAAGUUGAUUGGUUAUUGUUGUGAGGAGAAGAACAGGCUUCUUGUUUAUGAAUACAUGACAAGGGGCAAUUUGGAAAGUCAAUUAUUCAGAAGGUAUUCAAUCUCAUUGCCAUGGUUGACCCGGAUUCAAAUAGCACUUGGUGCGGCAAAAGGUCUCGCCUUUCUUCAUGGCGAGGACAAACCCGUCAUUUACCGCGACUUUAAAACUUCGAAUAUAUUAUUAGCAUCGGAUUAUACUGCUAAACUAUCGGAUUUUGGGCUAGCGAAAGAUGGACCAGAAGGAGAUGAGACGCACGUGAGUACACGUGUCAUGGGGACACACGGAUAUGCGGCGCCGGAGUAUAUCAUGACCGGUCAUUUGACCACCAUGAGCGACGUUUACAGCUUCGGGGUGGUUUUGUUAGAGCUAUUAACGGGGAAAAGAUCGAUGGAUAAAAAACGACCAAAUCGAGAACAGUGUUUAGUGGAAUGGGCACGACCGCUUUUGAAAGAUUCGAGUAAUCUUGAUAGAAUAAUGGAUUGUAAACUCGAUGGUCAUUUUCCGGUGGAAGGGGCAAAGAAGGCGGCGGCGUUGGCUAGCCGGUGUCUAAGCCACCACCCGAAAUGCCGACCUGCUAUGACGGAAGUGGUGAAGACGUUGGAACAUAUACUGGAGUUGGACGAUUUGGAAGUUGGUUCGUUUGUGUAUAUUGCUCCUAAAGAAGGAGAAAAAGGUGUAGAAAAAGAGAAAGAGGGAGAUAAGGAUGUUAGUAGGAGUAGGAGUGGGAGUAGUAGCUCCGGCGAGAAGGCGGAGGUAGUGGUGGUUGUUGAGGAGAAAGAACAUGGCCGCCGGCGGGAAGGUGAAAAGAAAGGUCAUAGGCAUAAACACAGGAUAAGGUCAAUGAGGUCACGAGCUGUGUACUCUGAUACAGCUUUGUAUAAGAAUUUUAAGAAGGGUACGAAUAGUCCACUUUUGCCUUUGCCCCAACCCAAAGUAAAUGGAGGUGUGAAUUUGUUAAAAUGUUAAAUUUUGUUUAUAUUUAGGGUAGUUUUUAAGAUUGUUAUUUCUUUUUGUAUCAUUUAAAAAGAAGAGAAAAGAGGUUUAUUUGGUAGUUGGUAUCAAGAUUUAC